AUGGUGAACUCGUUAGUUGAACGUGCCACGAGCGACAUGCUGAUUGGUCCUGAUUGGGCUUUGAACCUUGAAAUCUGUGACAUACUCAACCAUGAUCCUGGGCAAGCAAAGGAUGUCGUUAAAGGCAUAAAGAGGCGGAUUCGAAGUAAAAAUCCUAAAGCUCAACUCCUUGCAUUAACUUUGCUGGAAACAAUUGUAAAGAACUGUGGAGAUACUGUUCACAUGCAUGUUGCAGAGAAAGAGGUUCUUCAUGAGAUGGUGAAAGUAGCAAGGAAAAAGCCUGAUUCUAAUGUCAGAGAGAAGAUACUGAAUCUUAUUGAUACUUGGCAAGAAGCCUUUGGAGGCCAAAGAGCAAGAUAUCCUCAAUAUUAUGCUGCAUACCAAGAACUGUUGCAUGCAGGAGCAGUAUUCCCUCCAAGAUCUGAAAGUUCUCCACCUGUAUUCACACCUCUACAAACACGUCCAUUGACAUCACAUCCACAAAAUAUCCGCAACUUUGAUGUGCAGGGGGACACAGCUGGGUCAUCAUCAACCGGGUCAUCAACCGAGGCUGAGUUUCCAACCCUAAGUUUGUCUGAGAUUCAAAACGCACGUGGUAUCUUGGAUGUUCUUGCAGAGAUGCUGAAUGCAAUAGACCUUGGAAAUAAAGAAGGGCUUAGACAGGAGGUUAUAAUUGAUCUAGUAGUUUCUCUUCAAAUUCAAAGAAAACAAACUGGUAUAUUAACUUUUUUUAUAUUUAAUUUUUCCAGUGAUGAGUCACUCCUAUGCCAAGGUCUAGCUCUUAAUGAUGAUCUACAACGUGUACUGGCCAAGCAUGAAUCCAUUGCUUCAGGAACUUCUAAUCAAAAGGACAACGAGAAACCAAAGCCUUCAACUCCUGGAGCACUUGUUGAUCAUCCUCUGGUUGAUACUGAAGAUGGUGGUAAACAAAGCGAUGAGAGAUUACCAUCUAAUGCUGAAGCCGAGUCCCAGCCAUUCAACCAAUUACUACUUACUGCACCCCCAACAGCAAAUGGUUCUGCUGCACCUUUGAAUGUUAAUGCCAAAUGGGACCUACUCAGUGGUGAUGACUAUAACUCAUCACCUAAAGCUGAUAACUCACUUGCUCUUGUUCCUCUAGGAGAACAGCAGCCAGCCAGUCCAACGCCUCAUCAGAAUAAUGCACUUGUUCUUUUUGAUAUGUUCUCUAAUGGUAACAAUGGACCUGCUCCAAUUCUUGGCCAACCAAAUUCAUUAUCCCCCCAAUUUCAUCACCAGACAUUCAUAUCUCAAGGCAUAUUUUAUCCCAAUGUAAAUAUGCCAAAUGUGGGAUCACCUCGUUAUGAGCAACAAUCAUCACCAUUUGCACAAACCACAGCUCCUAUUUGGAAUAAUUCUCAGGCCCAACAACAACAUCAACAACAACCACCACCACCAAAUUCACCAGCUUAUGGCACACAAAGUGGUGGAUCAUUUCCGCCACCUCCUUGGGAAACAACCGAAAAUGGUAGUCCUACAGCAGCAGGCAACCAAUAUCCACAACCGUUACAGGUCACUCAAGUGGUUAUGACACAUGUACAGAAUGCUGGUACGCAUGGUCAAGGACUACCUCAGCCAAUGGGGAAUGAUCAAGCUAUCAGUAUGUAUAUGCAGCAGCCAAAUGCAAAUACCUAUAUGUCAACAAUCAAUAACAAUAAUGUUGGUCAAAGCAAUCAGCAAUUCCCUCAGCAGAUUCAAGGUGUUCCUAGUGGUGCUUACAUGUCUAUGGUUCCACAUCAAAUGCAAAAUGGCAACAUGGCUUACAUGUAUCCACAACAAAUGUACGGCAACCAAUUCGUCGGAUAUGGUUACGGUCAGCAGCAACAAGGGGUUCAAUAUGUUGAGCAACAGAUGUAUGGUUUAUCUGUGAGUGAUGACAAUGGUAUGAGAAACUCUUACCAAGUUUCUGCUACUUCUUAUGUGCCAUCUGGAAAACCUUCAAAGCCAGAGGAUAAGUUGUUUGGGGACCUUGUUGAUAUGGCUAAAGUGAAAUCCCCUAAAACAACUGCUCCUGAUCGAGCUAGUAACACCUAGAACUGUUAGGUUUGCAUCUUUAACUUUGUUUGCCACAUGUUCUCCUCAUUCUUUUUCUUUAAUAUUUUACACUU